GAGUGACCGUCUCCAUCGAGCGGUGUAACUUGAGCGGUUCGCGAGUAAUUAACCCCUAAAAAGCUCCAACAAGAUUCAGAUAAUAAUACCUCACUACCGACAUCAGUCAUCAUUUGGGUAAUUAUCCAGUGGCCAUGACAACUGAGUGAAAAAAAAAACCAUGGAAAAUUGGUGGAAAUAAUCAGGUUGACUCAUUCCCUCGACCUUUACCACCCCCGGGGGUGGGAAAUACCAUCGGGAAUGACCAGUGCCAGAGGGUCCAGGGGCUCGUGAGUAGCUGAGGAAAGCAUAAGAGCCGAUAAAAAAAAAGUGACAUGUCCACUGGUGGAAAAGCGUUGUGACGCGCGCGCUUGUUUCACCUCUUCCUCGUCAGUGUGAUCUGUCACGAGCCAGGGAAAGCAUCAGGGAGUUGGAGUCAAGCCCGGCAAGACAGCUGAGUGCAACCGCAAAACGUUGUGCAGCCUCGGUUGACCGAAAAUCCUCGACCAAGUUUGUUUAUUUAUAAUUACGCGUGAACGCUCGGUCAAGGUCGGUGCGCGUGAGUGAUAGGUUACACGGAUGAAGGGACCUGUGGCUGUGACAACCGAUGACCCGACGAGUUGACAGCAUUCAGCCAAAAAUCCAUCUGUAUUAUCAUUUAUUGAUGGUAGAUUGGACCAUCUAAAUUUGGAUUGAACGGUACAGGUUGGUGCAAGCUUGCGAGAGAAACAAGUGGUCAACAAUGACUGAGAAUCAGCGGUUGGCAGUGUCGAGUGACACCCGAAGCUCUUCAGAGGUUGAUAAUGUCAAACGUUAGCAAUACCCCAGAGAGCAUCUCCACCAUCACCAGAGGUUGACAAUCGUCUAAAGUGAGUCCUCGAUAAUCAAGAAAAUCAUCGGCAAGCCCUAGAAUCAUGAAGUGAUUUCAGACUGCCAGAGGUCUGACACAUUGAGAAAAUCCCUGAGACUCGUGAAAAAGCCGGGGAUUCAUCGGUGAUGGUGGAAGGCAUUGUGCCAAGACGGCAUUUGCCCGGUAAUCACUGCUCUGUGUACAAAGUCUAUUCCAUUCCCGCUGUCGAGGUCAUUGUUUUACCCCGGUAAAUGACAAAAUAAAAAUAAACGCCAUAAUUUAGAGAAUGAUUGACAAUGCCAGUGUCAUUAUCACUCGUAGUGGUCGGUAUCGGCUGUACUGCGAGAGACAGCACGCAAGAGCGAAGGACAAGGCCAGCACAUGCUGCAGAACAGAUCGAGCAGAGCAAUCGACUGAUCGAUGGUAAUCGAUGGUAAUCGAUCAUUUUGUUAGAAUCAAUAGCCGCCGAAAAAGCUGCCAACUCAGUUGAAUAGAUUGCAAACGAUUUAUCGAGUUGUCAUGCAGUUGUGAUGAAGUCAAGCGUCAACUCAGCAUCUGCAAUAACCAAAAGAAGAACAACAACACCAGUGUACAGGUAAAGUUGCCGAUUGCACAGUUGAAGUGAUUGUCAAAGAUAUUGAUUAAAGUUGAUAAUCCUUGAUCAAUCGUUAUUCCACCGUCAAACAUGGCCUCGGUGGCAGCCUGGCUGCCGUUUGCACGGGCGGCGGCGAUCGGUUGGGUGCCGAUCGCCACUCAUCCAUUACCACCACCGCCAAUACCGAAGGAUCGUCGAAAGGCCGACGAUGAAAAGCUCCAGAUUAACGUCAGCGGUCGUCGCUUUGAAACUUGGAGGAACACGCUCGAGAAGUACCCCGAUACACUGCUGGGCUCGAAUGAGCGUGAAUUUUUUUACGACGAGGACAGCAAGGAGUACUUCUUCGAUCGGGAUCCAGACAUAUUUCGUCACAUAUUGAAUUACUAUAGGACCGGUAAACUCCAUUAUCCAAAGCACGAGUGUCUGACAAGUUAUGACGAGGAGCUUGCUUUUUUCGGUAUUUUGCCAGACGUUAUUGGUGAUUGUUGUUACGAGGAUUAUCGAGACAGGAAGAGGGAGAAUGCCGAGAGAUUGAUGGACGAUAAGCUGAGUGAGAAUGGCGAUCAGAAUUUGCAAAAAUUGACCGAUAUGAGGGAGAAGAUGUGGCGGGCAUUUCAAAAUCCCCAUAUAUCGACAGCGGCACUUGUAUUUUAUUAUGUUACUGGUUUUUUCAUUGCUGUCAGUGUUUUGGCAAAUGUUGUGGAGACUGUGCCAUGUGGAACACGUCCUGGAAGGGCUGGAACAUUGUCGUGCGGUGAGAGAUAUAAGAUUGUAUUCUUCUGUCUCGAUACAGCGUGUGUCAUGAUAUUUACGGCUGAGUAUUUGUUGCGACUUUUUGCCGCACCCAGUAGGUGUAAAUUUGCUCGUUCGGUAAUGUCGAUCAUUGAUGUUGUCGCUAUAUUGCCGUAUUAUAUUGGCCUUGGCAUCACUGACAACGACGAUGUGUCCGGGGCCUUUGUCACCCUCAGGGUCUUUCGCGUUUUUCGUAUAUUCAAGUUUUCACGGCACUCCCAGGGCUUGAGAAUUCUCGGUUACACCCUCAAGUCUUGUGCCUCUGAACUUGGAUUUCUAGUUUUUUCACUGGCUAUGGCGAUUAUCAUUUUCGCUACUGUCAUGUUUUAUGCUGAGAAGAACGUCGAGGGGACCAACUUUACCUCGAUUCCCGCAGCUUUUUGGUACACCAUCGUUACCAUGACCACCUUGGGAUAUGGCGACAUGGUACCUGAAACGAUCGCUGGAAAAGUGGUGGGUGGAGUUUGCUCAUUGAGCGGAGUACUGGUGAUAGCUCUUCCAGUACCUGUCAUUGUCAGUAACUUCAGCCGAAUUUAUCAUCAGAAUCAGCGAGCAGACAAGAGAAAAGCACAGAGAAAAGCACGACUCGCGAGGAUUAGGAUUGCGAAGGCAUCGAGUGGUGCAGCAUUUGUGAGCAAAAAGAAGGCAGCAGAGGCGAGAAUUGCAGCAGCAGAGAGUGGAAUGCCAACUGACGAUUACAAAGAGGAAGACAUAUUUGAGCUGCAGCACCAUCACCUUCUCAGAUGUCUGGAGAAAACAACGGAUCGUGAAUUUGUUGAGAUGGAGGUGCCAUACAAUGGAGCACCGAAGCGUCCAGGCUCGCCAUCACCGCUGACAUCACCAGCUCACAGUACAGCAUCACGCGGUGGCCUCCUGCAGUCAUGCUGCGGUCGUUGUUAUCCUCAGCGUUAUCAGAGCCUUUCGUAUCAGCUGACAUCGAACGAGAGCAAGGAUAGAGUGGUCCUAGUAUACGGUGAUCGCAUACAAGUGCGAAAAAAGGACCUUAAGAAGCGCGGUUCCCACACCUGCGACAUGCAGGCCCUACAGCCACUUCCGGUUCCCACCAACACCACUGCGCCUGCCAUGACAACUUCCGGUGUCCAGCCACCACUUCCGUUAUCGGAGAGCGCUUGAGUAAGAUCGAGAAUGAUCUCUUCUACAUCGCUAACGCGUUGAUCCAUCGAGUCAACAACAACGAUUGUAUCGCCUUCUGGCUCGAUUGAACGAAUCAACGGCCGUCUGGCCGAUUUUACGGAACAUUAACGACGGAUAAUUGUCGUUAUUACGUCACAGCUGGACCCUCGAUGAAGCUAAAUCCUCGGAAACUGGAAAUUGGACUCGACGAAGUCCCAAGAGAUCGUCCCAAUCGCUGCAACAUUCGAAAUUAAUGAAAACGAUUAGCCUAAUAUGGUUUUACCCAACUCUCCAUAACGUUAAUUAUCUCGCAUAAUUGUACGCGGAGUGGAGGUGAUAAAAAAUUCAUUUGUAUUUGCUUGAUUAAUAUUAACGAUAAAAAAAAAUACCCUCGUUCUUUCAGGCGACAAAAUACUGCGAAUCCUAAUGAAUAAAUUCGAAAUAAAUUCGAAAUAAAUUCGAAAUAUUUGAUCAUAGUCUCGAGUCAUAAUUAAAUCGAAUAAGUAAAACAAAUUAAUUAAUUAAGUAAUAACUGGCACUGCGUCGAUCGAGGUGACGCCAUUUCCUUUGUAAAUAAUCUUGUAAUGAAACUAGUGUUGUACUUGAUGAUCAAUUGAUUAAUUAAUUAAUGGUUGAUUAAUACAAUCUGUAAUUUUCAUGUAAUUAUCCGUCGAGCCAGACACUCGUUACGAAUAAAACGAUCGGGGUGACGAUCGAUGUAUAAACCGGGAAAACGUGAUUCGAGAUGUGGAUAAGUAUUUUAUUUAAAACUCUAUAAGUAUGAAAUAUGAAUGAAUUCUAAAUAAUUCCAAUUAUUUAAUGGAGACGCCAAAUAUUGUCGAGUGAGAUUGAUUCUGGAUAAUGUGCGGUUGAACCGGGAAGUCAGAGUCCGGGUGCAUAAUUAGUAAUUAAUCAGAGAUUGACGAAGUGGUAAAACGCGAUGAAUUUGAUCAAUUAUUUUUGGUAAUUCUUUCAUUAGCUGUGAGCAAAUUAAUAACGUAAUUUGGUUAAUAGUUAUCGUCACGAAUAGGCGAAAUUAUUCUUGAAUAAUCGGUGAUUAUUAUUAUUAUUAUUAUAUUAUUGAUUUCGGUGAUUACUAUUUUUUAUUUGGAACUCAUGUGUUACCCUUUCAAUAUAAAUUUUUAUUGUUGAUAAUUUUUUGAGAGUGAGAAAUCGUUGGGACUUGGAAUAACAUUGAUGAUUAAUUUAGUGAUGGGAAUUUGGGAGACGUCCAUGUUUGGAUUAAUAGUUAAUUGUCGAUAUAGGGAAUAAUUAAACGUUAGUGCAAGAGUUAUAACGUGCUCCAAGUACCUCGCGAUAAGCCUGUGAGACAAAAGCCGAUAUUGUGGGUGGGUAGAUUUAUAUAUAGAUGUGAAAAUGACUGGGUGAGAUCGGAUGGGGGAUGCAGAGGGUCGAUAGAGUGGCGCCCUCUCAAAUCAACCUGUUGCUUCUAUACUUUUCUGGGUAAUUCGUGAAUUUAGCGGAGUGAAAUUCGCGGAGAUUUCCCCUCUGGUCUCGCCUACUCCCAUUUUUUUUUUUACCUUCUUUUACACUAUUUUUGAUGGUUUUUCGGGUCAAGUGUUUCAUUGUCAUUGCCACUUUGAGAUGAAAGGGAAGGAGAAAAAAAGGGAGUAAAUUCCCACAUUUUUUUCACGUCAAUUUUACCACGGGAAAAAUGCAGAUCAAUUUGUAAGCAAUGGGAUAUAUUCUCCUGUGAGUAAUAUUGAGGAAAUUCAACCCAACGCAUGACCUUAUUCGUGUCCCAUAAUUUUUAUCACAUUCCACUGAAGUGAAACAAUAAAUAAUUUUUUCAAGUACAUAAUGCGAGCUGCUGGCGGAUUGCGUGUAAUUAUUAGCUGUACUGCAAAACCGUCACGAACGAUUUACGAGUAGAUGAUUUUCUCGGUGUUGUGACUGUAGACGUGUGUAAAGAGCAUUUUUUUUUUGAGCAAUAGGAAAUGAAAUUAAAGUAAAUUCGUAAUUAAAGGAACUAAAACAAUAAAAUGAAAUUCCACCCACGUGCGAAUGAUUUCACGUGUGAAAGUUGAGGAAAGAAAGGGCGGAUUGAGGAAAUGAAAUUGAAGAAUAAUAAUUUCAAAGUGGGCGUUCAGUUCGUCGUCUCCUGGGGCGUGAGAUGAGUAAGCAAUAAAUAAUUUAAUAGAAAAAAAAAAAUACAUAACGAGUCUUUCAAUUUACUACCGUACUGCCAAUAUUUUCCGAAGCAAACGUCUAAUUACUCGUAUGAAGUAAGACGUUUAAUCGUCGAUGUAAAUUUCCGUAAAGUAAUUCAUAUUUUAACUUUUCGAGCAUUAAUUCUGGUUUAAUGUCUCCAGUCUGAAAAUUCCUAGAACUCGUUAAAUAUACCGUGUAUUAUUAUUAUUAUUGUUGUUGUUGAGGUAAUUCCACCAAAUAGUUGUAAAUAAACGUAAUUUGCGUUAAAAUUUUUGGUGUGCACAUUUUAUUGUGUUGUUUAAUUUUUUUUUAAUGAAUAUUUGGUGGAAUGAGUACCUUUUUAAAACCACUAUUCCACUCGAAAAGCCUCGAUAUUGUUUGUUGUGUCUUCACACGUAAAAAUAGUUGGUAAAUAAAACUGCGAAGAUUAUUAAUUAAACUUGAUGAAUCGGUAAACCAGAUCUGCAAGUUAAAUGAGAUGAAUAAAUGAAACAAUGGAUUUAUUGAAUACAAUUCCAUCGACAACAGUCACUCGGAAUUAUUCGUCGUUACGUAUUCCAUUAAUUAUUUUAUUGAAUAUAGUAACAAUUGAAUGACUCCUUGUUAUUGAAUUUCUCGGUUGGAGAAUCAGUGAAUCGAAUUGUAGUCUAUGAAGAUCAGAUGAUGAUUGUAUAUAGUGAAUAUAUCAGAAGGAAAGGGGAAAAUAAAUCAAUUACUAGAAUUGGUCUCUCGAUUCAGAUGUCGAGUGAUUAAAAUUCAUUGAAUAAACAGAGUAAUUAAAUUUCAUUAUCCAAGUUUUAUCGAGACUUUGCCCAUAUUUUCAAUCGAUUGUUUUGUUGAUAUUGGAUUAAAAACAAAUUGCAAUGAAAAAUGUUGGAUUAUCCUGCGGUUGAAAGCUGUUCUAAAAGGAUCGAACGCCGAUGAAUUGAUGAAAGUAGAUAGUGUGAGGAAAAAAAAUUAUAAUCCUUUUCCCCCGGUGUGAAAAGGUUCGACAACGAUUUGGGUCGAGCUCAAAUGAGAUCUGGGUGGCGAGGAAAAUUCGGGAAAUGGAACGAUUGCGAUUGGAAUGCGAUGGGGAUUUUUAUUUUCAAUUCGAGGCCAAUUGCAAGACCUCAAAUUUCCGCGCUCUCCGAAUUUCAGACAUUGGAUGGGAGAGAUGAAUCAAUCGAGACCGAGAAAUUGAGAAAAAUAUAUCGAAGGGUUAUUACGCCCUCUUGGGACAUCCUAUGAUUGAAGAUGACAUUGGAUCAAGUAUAAGACUUAUUUUCUUAAUUUUAAUCCACUUUGCGCCCCAGAAAAACUCGAGUGUAAAUUACGUUAACAAUUUGGAACGAUUGUACGAACUAAAUCAUUCCUUGGAAAAUUUCCGCGGGGAUUAUCGAUAAUCAGGGUAAUUGAAUUAUGUUUUGAAUUAUUUUUUUUGCUAUUUCCAGAGUUCGCGAUAUAUUGUGAGAUGUGACAGAUUGUUGGAAUGACUGGAAAUUUAGAUAAUUGGAUUUGUCGGCGAAGUUGAAGUACAAAUUUAACCGUAAUUAUUGAUGCCCUUUGAAUUAUCGCUCAUUAAAGCCAACGUCACGGACAGACUAUCAACUUGAUGGAUAACCCCGUACCCCAGAGGGAUGCGAAACUAUUCGAGACCCAUUUCUGCUCGUCCUAAAUCCUCGAAUCAAAGAGCCCCUCCCCCGGCGAUUCGUUAAAGUUAUUGUUUAGAGCGAGUGCAAUUCACGAACAAUAAUAAUUCUGCAGCGAAGUGUCAAAAAAUAUGAAAAACGGCAAUGCCCCCAAAAUUAUCCUGAAUUAAUUAAACAAUUGUGUUGUUCAAUAAUUUUUCAGUUGAGCAUUGGCUGCUCGUUUUAUUUCUACACCGCUUUCACAAAAACACAGAGCAAAAAAUGAAUUAUCUAAUGAACAGUGCGCAGAGAAUUCUUUAAAUAUCCGGAUGUCCUUCGCUCGAGGAAAAAUUCUAAAAUAGGAUGUAAAUUAAUGGGAGCGGGAUAGACAAGCGUUAGCUACAAAAAUAAAACGACUGAGUAACCCAUUGAGCGAAUAUAACGCCAAUUGGCCGUGAGUAAUUAAAUGGGGGUAUUUUUUUCCCCUCCCCUUGUGUUUAUAAACUCCCAUGUUGCACCACUCAACGAAAAUUGUCAUCCAGACAAUUUUUAAUCUGUGAAAAAUCUCUUAAUUGUUAAUCCAUUUUCUACUAUCUAAAUAGACGAAAUGGUUUUAUCCAAUUCCCAUGGAUAAACAAAACUUUGGUAAUGGUAAUUGCACUUGAGAGUCGUGGGAAUAAUGCAAAUGGUCAUCUCGGUGAAAAUGGGAUGAGCGAAUAACAGAUUAAAUGAUAAAUAUUUAAAGCUCCAUCGUGAGUGGAAUUGCAAUGUAAAAAAAUAUGAAAUUAAUGCCAUGAAAAUAUAAAAAUAUAAACGACAAAUGCAUUCACUCAAUAAAUUAUUUGUUGUUCUAUAAACACCUGAAUUGAUUAAUUCAUCUACGUAUCAUUUGUCUGAAUAAAAUUGCAGACGUCAUUGCUAAUUGACAAUUAUUCAGUAAUUGAGGUGAAAAUAAAGAAUUUUUUUUACACUGCAGUUGGCCCGCCCCAUGACCGAUGCAAAAAAAAAAAUAAAAUUGUUACUAUUCAAUUAGAGAUGUUAAAGAGUGGCAGAAAGAGUGAUAAUCCGACGACCUCAAUUCUAUUUUCCGCAGUUAAUAAUCGAUAGUUGACCCUGUAGAUAACUGACUCGAAGAAUUAUUUCAGAAUUCUAUCUACAAUCCGAGAAUAAAUAAAUAAACGAAAAAAGCAACACUAUUAAUUCGUCAAAACUUUUUUAAACAAGAUGUAUUUUUAGGAUGUAGCGUCGAUACUUCGAUAAACACUGAAUGUAUAAAUAAACAGAGUAAUUGAACUAAAAGGUGAAUAAAGUAAUUGCUAAACGACGGAUAUAAGACGUUUCGAGCUCGAGAAUGGAGCGAUGAGAGUGUAAUGUUUGAGGAGAGAAGGAAAUUUUAUCAAUCGUUGAAGUGUAUAAAAUUGUUUUAUUGAUUUAUUUUUCUCUCUGAGUGAACGUGAAUGAAUUCUCGAUCGUGGAUCGAUCAUAAAUCCAAGGGUUGGGGGUGGGGGGAUACGAGACAUUGCAAAUGGAACCACUUUAAUUAUUAACAAGAAUAUAUUUAUUAUUAAUAUAAUGCGAAAUCGAUAAAGAGAAAGGAUAUA